AUGCCUGAACAAACUCAAAUCCCGCGUGUACUUUGGGCUCAACAACAUGAACAUAUUCUGUUGACCAUUGCUGUGCCAGAUAUUGAAAAAGUUGAUGUGAAAUUCGAAGAAGAUUCAGUAUCAUUUCAAGGUCAUUCAUCAUCAAAUCCUAAAGGGUUAAAUGCUUAUGCAGUUAAAAUUGAUCUAUACGAAAAGAUCGAUCCAGAAACGAGUAAAUAUGAAAUUAUCGGCCAAAAAUUCUGGCGAUUAUUGUUAAAGAAGAAAGAUGCUAAGGGUGCUUUUUGGCCACGUUUAACAAAAGAUAAAUCACGUUUACAUUGGUUACAGACCGAUUUUGAUCAUUGGAAAGAUGAAGAUGAAAGUGACGAUGAAAAGGCUGGACCAGCUGGUAACUUUCAAGAUAUGUUUUCUGGAGGCAUGGGUGGGAUGCCCGGGAUGGGAGGCAUGGGAGGUAUGCCCGGGAUGAUGGGCGGGAUGCCUGGUAUGGGCAUGGGUGGGAUGCCUGGUAUGGGUAUGGGUGGUGAUGAUGAAGAUGAAGAAGAAGAUUAUGAUGAUGAAGAAGAAGCAUCACCAGAGACGAAUGGACAAGAAUCGAAGAAAUCUAAUGAUGAACCUAUUCCAACAACAAGCACAGGCGGAGAAGCAACAGAUUCCAAGGAACAAUCAGCAUAG